CAUGGCGGACAGGCGGACAGGUUUGCUAAAAUGACUGCUACUUUCUUGGCCGAUUUGAGUAUUUGUUUGCGGCUAUAAUGGCCACAUUUGGCUGGAGCUAUAAAUCAAAUGCAAGUGGAAGUAAAAGACCUCGUGAGCAAUCGAGAAAAGUAGAGGAAUGGCAGAAGAACCGUACUGAUAACACUGUGAAACCUCUCCACCCUCAGUCACAUUCUGCAGAAACCUUGACUGCUGGUUCCCAGCUCAGAAGAAAGAAGUUGUUCAAAUCCCCCACAGUUAACAUUUUACUUACAAUUGCAACAAAAGUACAAAAGAAAAUAGACAUCUGUGGACAGACGACUUCUUAUGUUUUUAUUCAGGCUCAUCAGCUGGUAGAGGCACAAAAGAGGAAAGCUGUUGACAAGAAUAAUCCCACACUUUACUGGGAGUACAAAUGGGCUGAAGAUGCUGAGGCAGAGGUGUAUGGGCCAUAUGAAACAAGCCUGAUGCUGCAGUGGUCUAAAGCUGGUUAUUUUGACGCAGGUUGCUGGGUACGUGAACACGUGACCAAACAAAGUCGUGAGGAGAAAAGUGAACCCAAGAUGGCCAAGCUGGUGGAUCAAAGUUAUGCAGAUUCAAGCGACUCAGGGGAUGACACGCCAUCUGAGGGGGACCCCGAAGGAAAUGACUUUGUACAUGUGUCUGAAAUCGAUUUCUCUAUGUUUCCUUAAUCGCAGUCACACCAGCUUGGAUUGAAGCAUAUUUUAAUCUAUCAGCAUGUAUUGGACAGAUCCACGUGGAGACAGAGGUCAGCAAAAACAUUGCGUCAAGUCUUACUUAUCGCAGUGGUUGCUUGGGUUGUCACCCAACGCGUGAAAAGACAAGACUACCAGAAAUGUUUUCGAUUGGUGUCUUCCAUAGUGUCACGUCAUCUUGUCACGAUGAAGAUCCAUCCGAGUUCUUGAAAGAAGGUUCUAAGAAAGAAACAACACUUGAAAUGUCUUCGUGUAGUUCUGAUUUUAUUUUGGCGUUUAGUGAGCAAUUCCUCCUUUGACUGUGUCAAUGAACGAGAAAGGGAAAAAGAGUAAAAACCAGAGGAUUAUGUAGAAAACGUCUAGCCAACCCUUACAUACUUCAGAGAAUGUAAGACCAUAGACAUAAAGUGACUUUCCAAACGUGUUAGAUCAGGAUUUUUGUUAUCAAGACUGAAAAGACCAACGUUUUUAAGCUGCGUGGCAAGCGUUCCCGCACGAAGAGCUUUUCGGCAAUGCGGAGGCUACAACGGUUUAAGCCAUAAUGAGAACGUAAACACAUCGAAAGAUAAUUGUAUCUCAAUCGAUUCACACUAGAGUCUGAAAUGCUUAUGAUAAUUAUUAUAAUAAAAACAUAACAACUAGUAAAACUACUGCUUCGAUUGUUACAAUCUCAAGUAUAUGUACUAUACUGAAUAUAGCUCUGUAGUCAUAAAGUCUUGUAAACGAAUAAUACCCACUUAGUAAUUUAUUUUGCAGUCGAAUUAACGUUCCGAAAACCCUAGUAACUGUUGUAGAAAUGUUUCGUCUCUGACGAUGAACAAAGGAAAU